AUGGCUGGAAAAAAGUUUCGAAACAAGACUCUCCCAACUUCAAACAGCAAUACCACCUCUCAACAUGCUCAGCCUCUCCAAAUUGCCUUCUCCACACGUACGAAAGCGACUGAUGAUUUGGCUUUAAGAUUGAACAAGCGAUUAUUUAAUCCUGAUGAUUGGAAAUACUAUUAUUAUGAAUACAAAUACAAGGAUGUGAAUGAGAAAUUUGUCAAGCAAGAUCUUCGAAAAUUGAUACAAAUGGGAACUUUACAAACCCUUCUGAGAGGAAAAUAUUUUCUUGAAGACACAAAUGUGGUCAAAGAGCAAUCUCAUGAUCAAACGCAUGAAAUUCCCAUUCACGAAAGAGUUUUCAUAAGAAAACCCUAUGUACCUCGAAAGAAGCUAGAAGUGAGUGCAGAGGUUGAAGAGGAGCCAGAAACAAAAAAGAAGAAAAAGAAAAAAAAGAACAAAAACCCAAAACAAGAGGAACUUUGUGAAUUGAGUGACGAAGAUGAAUUAGUAAAUAAUGAUGACAGCACAUUUGAAGGAUUCGAAAUUAUGAAAGAAGAAGAAAGGCCACCUCUUGAUGAGAUUAUUGAAUUGAACGAACGCAAUUUAAAGCUAAAAAAAACAAACCCUAACAAACAUCCUCAAAAGCAGCAAUCCAAAAAGUCUUCUACAUCGAACGAAGAAGAAGAAGAAACAUUUUUCUUUGAUGAGGGAGUUCAGGAAAAAGUAAUUCCUACAAUUACCGUCCAUUUGGAUUUUAAUGGAAUCAAAAAGAUUUGUAAAUCCACAGAAUAUUGUGAUUGCAGUGAAUUGGACGCUGUACAGAGAGUUGCUUCCCUCAAAAGAUUACCGCAUCAACAUUAUGGUGUUCACCAUCAUUACACUCAUUCUGGUGACAGCACAACAAGUCAUCCUUCAACCAAUCAAUCCGCUGACUCUACCAUUAUUCAAGUGGUCAACAAUGAUUUAUUGAACACUGCAUUGGAAAUGAAAAAACACAAACUUCAUCCAUUAGUAUUAGUGAGUGGUCAUCAAAGUGUUCCAGGAGGGACUUAUUCGAAAGGAGGAAAUACACAAGAAGACGAUCUUUGCAGGAGAACCUCAUUAAGCUUGUGUCUUGCUGAUCCAUAUCAUUUAGAUGAAACAAGAGGAUGGCGUUAUCCAAUUCCAGAAUUUGGAGGAAUUUAUGUUCCAAAUUGCUUGGUUAUUAGAAAAUCGAAAAGUGAAGGAUAUGCUUUCCUUUCCAAACCAACCAGUACAUCGUUCUUUGUGACCUCUCCCUAUAUAAACCCACCAACAGAAAGAAAGCAACUCUUGUUGCCACACAAUCAUGCAUCUUCUGGGAUAGCCAACAGUUCGCAGCAUCCUGGUGAUCAUAGCGUUUCUUCUUUUGAGAAUUUUCUUCCAAGCAAGUUGGCAGCAUCAAUGAGAAAGAAAAUUGCAUCCUACUUUUCAAUUGCAUUAUCAAAAGGACAUGACUCAUUGGUGAUUGGAGCUUUUGGAUGUGAGAAUAGCCAUUCCAAUCCUGCUUUUCAUAUUUCAAAUUUAUUUCUGGAUGUUCUGAAUUUUGAGGCCUUCAGAAACAAGUUUAAGUAUGUCGUAUUUGCUUUGGAUGAAGAUCAAGAGCCAGACAGUAAAUUGACAAGCAUUAUUGAGGACGUUGAUGAGAACACUAGUGUCAUUGAUCAUUCCGAUGAGAAAUUGGGAGAAAAGAAAUCAACCAUUUCAAUAUUUUGUAAAGUGUUAACUGCAAAGGAAGAUCCUUUGAAUGGAUUUCAGAGUCCUGUUAAUCCAGUCAUGUAA